CCCGGCCCGAGACGCUUUUCGAGAAACUCGGAGGCCGAUGGGGACCUCCCGUCGUGACUGCCUCAUGGCGCGAGGGAGUCUGGGCAGAUCGCGGCGCUGGGAGGGGCGCCCCCCCCGCCGCCGCGGCCGCGCGCGGCCGGCGCCGCGCCGUAGCCGAGCGUGGCCGUGGUGACCGUCUGGUCCCAGCGCCCGCGGCCGCCGGAGGACCUCCAGGUGGUGGUGACGGUGAGCGUCUUGUGGGCCGCCAGCCACAGCCCAUAGCCCGCACGGGCGACCCCGAUGGGCUCACGAUGCAGGCACGGGCAGGCAGCGAGGGAGGCCCGAGGGCGGUCACAGGGCGCACCGCAUCGAGCGCCUCCUUGACGUGCCUCGCCGCCGCGCGGCCGUGGUGGCCCGCGGGGAGGAGGCACAGUAUGAAGAUGACGCACUCGAGCAUCGGCACCUCCUCUCGGGCUUCUGGCCCACGCCAUGCCUCCUUGCGGCGGCGCCCCGGGCGCGCCGCGCAGGCCGUCUGGCGGUUCGUCCGCACGGGCGUCGUCCCCAUCCUGGCCUGGACAUCCGCGCCCGCGGAAUUGCCGGGGCUGCCCGCGCCGCUCGCCUGGCCGCCCGAGGCGCUCGCGGCGGUCGCGGCCGGCCGGGCCGCGGCGGCCCGCACCUCCGCGGC